AUGAAAACUCCUUUUGAAUCGUAAAUCCUCCGACUGAGCAAGAGAGUCUACCUGAUGAUCGAGAACCAAUAAACCAAUGAGAAGUUGGCACGUAUAACCAACUGGAUGCCCAAAACAAACAGCCAACAGAAAGCUAAAACUAAGAGCCGUCGACAGCAACCGGAAAGGAUCGGUCGAGUCAAUGGCUCAAAAAUGAUCAGCGGUGGUCCCGGCGGGGCUCGAACCCGCGACCUUCGGCUCAUAAGACCAACGCUCUAACCAACUGAGCUACGGGACCAUUUGACAGAGGCGAGGAAAGGAGGAUCGAGAGGAGGAGAGAGAUGACUCUGGGGCUGAUCAACGCCAAUCCGAUAGUGCAUGCCAAGAGGGAGCGAAUUGCUCGUCCUGAAGACCUGAUUCUUCAUGGACACGACAGCGUUGACCCUCUCGACAUCUAUGAUUAUGUGAGGGAUAUAAGAGAUCCAGAGCACCCGUAUUCUUUGGAGCAGCUAAGUGUUCUGUCUGAAGAAUCCAUCACUGUCGACGACAAGCUCGGUCGUAUCCUGAUAACGUUUACUCCAACGAUCCAGCAUUGCAGUAUGGCAACUGUGAUCGGUCUGUGCUUGAGAGCUAAGCUUAAAGAAUGUUUUCCUCCUCAUUACAAGGUUGAUAUCAGAGUGACUCCUGGUUCUCAUGCCGAUGAAGAGUCAGUGAAUAAACAGCUCAAUGACAAAGAAAGAGUGGUGGCUGCAUUGGAGAAUCCGAAUCUCCGUCAGCUCGUGGAUGAGUGUAUCUACUCCAAUGAGCUUUGAUCGAAUUUGCGCCCUCUCCCUGGUUUGGUUCUGUUCAACUCCUUGUACAGGUUAAAACGUUUUCCUAUAGCUGGUUAUAUGACAUGUACUGUCCCUGCCGUAUUGCUAAUGUGAUUGCAUGAAUUCCAUGGUAUUCUCCCAUUGUUGUAUACCUCCUAUAACUUUACAAGCUUUUGUUCAAGGAUAAUGUAAUCUAUAACCAAGUGGGGAUCAAUCGCCUUGUUGAUCUACGAAUCUA